AUGGGUUCGUCGCAGCCCGAUUCCGAUCCUUUCCAGAUGCCCUUCGGAUAUUCCGUCGAUGGCAACCAAGAACCUCUAUUCGAUGCCCCCGAGCCUGCGCCCGGCGCUCCUUUGCUGAGCGAAACCGAUAGCAAGUUUCUCAGUGAUUUCUUCGAUGACAUGACAGCAAAUCAGUACAACAUGCCCUCUUUCGGAGAGGGUCUGAAUUACAAUGCCUGGUUCGACCUACCGCCCCAGUUGAUGGGAACAGCAACUUCCUAUGGAUCUCAGUCAGCCGCACCUCUCGGCCAAGAAUCACAUUUAAAUUUCACCAAUGACUCUCACAGCCCUCAUAUGGGCAUUUCUGGAUCACAUCUAAUGCCACCGCCACCACCUCCCCCUUCUCAGCCGAACGCUUACCAACAACACCCCUCCGAUGAUGUUUUGAACGCCGCCGCCACGUUGAUGCAAAAUGGACCUGGUAUGCGUGGAGGUCAUAAGAACAACGAGUCGUCUACCCCGCGGCGGCCCCUUGGUCCUCCAGUCGGCCACCUCCGCCACCAAGGUCUGGAAGAGUUCCGAGAAGAGAGCCGUAAAGGCAUGGCGCACACGGAGAUUGAUAAUACAUUUACAGAAUGGAUGUGGGGUUCGGGUUCCAAAGGACGCCAGAAUUCGACCACACGAGCUAUCCCCGUGGAUUACCAAUGGGGCUCUGAUUCCAACUUCAACCUGGCCCAAGGCUAUACACCCGAAGCGAAUAAGGAAACGGUCGAGUCUCAGCAUCAGGAACAGCUCAAGUGUCUCGAGUGUUUGGAGCCCAACCAGAGCGCUGCAACAACCCGUCCUAGCAGCCCGACCAACAGCCAGUCCACGUUCCCGAUAGGCUUACAUAGAGACACAUCAGAGUCCGCAGAGAGACCGGACGACGACGACGACGCACCCCCGCGGAAGAGACGAAAGAGCAAAAUUAAGAAGGAUAGCACAGAGGAAGGCGAGGAUCAAAGCACCAACGGGAGCAAGUCUGCUGCCGCCAAGCGAAGGAAAGCAAAGGGCGAUCGGAACGGGUCCAUCUCGUCGCCACCCAUGGAAGUCGGCAUGGCGGGCAAGCGACGGAAGUCAGCCCUGAACGGAGUCAAGCCACCGCGUGAAAACCUGUCAGAGGAACAGAAGCGAGAAAACCAUAUCCGCAGCGAGCAAAAGCGCCGAACCCUUAUAAAAGAAGGGUUUGAUGACUUGUGCGAAAUUGUUCCCGGACUCAACGGGGGAGGCUUCAGCAAGAGCACCAUGUUGACCAUGACGGCAGACUGGCUCGAAGAACUCCUGGUAGGGAAUAGGGACCUGACUGCCCAGCUCGCUGCCCUCGAAGGACGAUGA